AUGCCUCCCCCAAACACACCUGCCGCGACGGACGAGGACGCAGAUGAUACCGCGGUGCGCGACAACGAGGGUGCACCGGUGCUCUCUCUCGAAGAUGUGCCGGCCGUCCUACCGUGGACGUAUGGUACCAGCAGCCCUCAAUGGCCGGCGCCGAUCCGAGACAAUCCUGAAAUGAUCUCGCCGAUUGUCUCAUCAACUCCUAUGUACUCGCCACCACCUACCGAUGCCGCCCCGAACACGCCCAGCACGCCACGUGCCAACACGCCGCCACCACCCACCAGAUCGCCCGAGGAGUGUGAGAUGGAGUGGCCUAUCGACUGGCAGGGCCUUGAGUACAUCGACAUGGUCGACGAGAACCUGCACUGCAGCAUAUGCAGGACACCCUUCCACAAACCCGUGUCCACCAACCCGUGCGGACACGUCUUCUGCUCGUCCUGUCUCGAUCAGUAUCUACACGCCAUCCAGCCUCGGAAUGGCCACCGCGAGACGCCCUGUCCGAUCUGCAGGACGCCCUUGACUUACAACCCCUGGUCAAACCGCCCCAGCCAAUCGCUCGUCAGACGUGCCAGCAGGCCGUGUGAUCGUGUCCUGACCGCCAUGCUCGGCCAGCUCCGUGUCAAGUGUCCAAAUGACCCCCGCCUCUGCGCCUGGACCGGUCCCCGCUCGGACAUUGAAGGACACAUGCGCAGACACUGCGAAUAUACCCGCGUCCGUUGUGUCAUGAGGGACUGCGACCAGUUGGUCCACCGUGGGGCUCAGGAGAAGGUGUGUCUGCACGUGGACACCCGCUGCACCUUCUGCGACGAGCAGUUUCUCAAGGCUUCCGAGAAGGAGCAUCUAGCCCUCGACUGUACCAAGGUCAUCGAAGCGUGCAUGGCUUGUGGGGCGGCUGUUGCCCGCGAGGACCUUGCCGAGCACCAGGAGGCUUGCCUGGACGAGCCAACGGCCUGUGAGUUCGCUGUCAACGGCUGCUCGGCCAGGGACACCCGCCGGGCUCUCUACGACCAUGAGCGGAGCUGCGUGUACGGCCAGCUCAGCCGCCUCGAGGAUCGCCUGAUGGGCAGGAUGAUUGACGCCGACACCCUGCGCCAGCAGAACUCACAGAUGACGCGGCAGCUGGCGGCGACAUCGGCCACGUUGGGCGAGAUCGUGGACAGGCUGGCGGCCCUCGAGCGUGAGAAUCUGUCUCUCAAGGCCACUGUUGAGAUGCGGGAGCACGCCAUGCAGCCCGACUUUUCAGAGGCCGUCAGGGGCGGCCUGCUGGCCGAGUUCGACACCCGCGCCACGGAGCUGCUACAGCACCUCAACGCCCAGGACGCACGCCAGUUCGUCAUGAUGCAGAGCAGGCUUAUGCCCUUGGAGGAGAGUCAGCAUGAGCUCAACACCCGCAUCGCGUCUCUCGACAUGCAGGUCAGAUGGCUUAGGAGCAUGGGCCGCAUCCAGCAGAGACAGAAUACCUUCGGUGCCAUGAGUGGCGAGGCCUCAGGCUCCACUCCCGAGCCGGCGGCCGCCUCAAGAGGAGCCAGUGUUGCACCGGGCUCGCCGGCAGCCGAACGCUACCUGAGCGACCAAAUUGAUCGGGCACGGAUGUGA